UAUAGUUUUAUAACUUGGGGGAUGGGGACAAAAAGGAGGGAGAAGUCUAAAAAACAAAUGGGGUGGGGCCACAGGGAUUGUCAGAAGUGGAUGCUUGGCUGUCCAUACAGAAUUCAACAAGUACUUGGGGACCGAGACUAGAAGUCAGGAUGGGGAAUAAGUAGCUGAGGAGGAGAGGGAGCUGAUGUGGAGGACAGCAAGGGCAACUUCAGGGAACAAGAGGGAAGCUGCAAGGCACCAGCUCCAUUAAUUGAGGAAACAUUCCUUGUCUGUAUGCCAUGCCAGGGUCCUUGUUCUAUGGUCCUCUCAGUGGGGUAGCUAGAAACUUGCCCAACUGCGACAGGAACAGAGGCCAAAGCAAAGAGUUCCGGCCUGCUGCCAAAUCUGGGACAAACUGUAUGGAGGCGCAGCAUGGGUAGCCAGAACCCGAGUUAAAACCUAGGUCCCACCCUGGCUGGUCUGACUUCACGGCUUCUAGGGGGUUGGUUGUGCGAAGCUGUUGAGGGCUGAAGGCGCUAACCAUCAAAGAUGGAGGUAGGGUGGCAGAGGAUGGGGCGGGAGGGUAGGGAGUGAGUACAGCAAAGGCGGCCUCAACUGGGUAAGAAAACUCCAGACUUGUGGGAAAGGCCUGAGCUCGCAUUGGACGCUCUGGGGUGCCACAGUCGGACUGGGUAUCCGGGAGACCUCCGCCUCUCCGCGCGGAUGAAGAGGCUGCAGACGCCGAGGAAGAGCUCGAGUGCGUGGGGCACUGAUGGGGACCCGGGUGGGCACACCGCGGACGGCAUGGGUACGCUUCUUUCCUGACAUGGUCUCCAAGAUUACCAAAGCUUCCAAACGUUUCCAGGGAAUGCCUCUCCCCCACUAGCCCCCUCCUCGACCUCCUCCAGGAACACCCCAGCUCAGGGCUCCCCACUCCUCUUCCUCCGAAUUGAAGCUCUGUGGGGUUUGCAGUCCGGGCGAGUACAUGGCGGCCAGGGCUGUUCUCCAGGAGUUUCUGCGCAAAAAGGAGUUUCCUAGGAGUGACAGGGGAGUGGCAUGGGCUCAAGGGAGAGUAGAAACGCUCCCGGGGGCUUUGCAGGGGCCGAGCAGCUGCGGGAAUUGGGGAACAGUCCGACUUGGUCUCCCUGGAAGGCCCUGCCGUUGGGGCUGGGCAGCAGCUCGGCGUCGAAAAAGCCGGGUUUGAAGAUUAAUGGGCCAGAGGCCGGAGAUUCUGAGAACCAAGUCACGGGACUUGAGGACCUUGGUGACUCACGCCUUGAGGCCAAGCAGCGCGGAAGGCGCUCUGGCCGGAUCUGGGGUGGGGCCCCGCCGAGCCUUGGUCUAGUCUGUCAGCAGCGGCAGCUGCACUGCGUCUCCCAAGGUAGCUGAAGCUGGCCAGCUGCAGGCUCCGCGCCGCUCGUCCCCGGCCCAUGGGUCCAUUCCCCACUCCCACCCGGACCCCGGGGUCACUCGGGUCUCCGUCUGUGCUAGGGAGGGAGAAUCACGCCCAGGGUCCUCUCUGGCUUCGAGCGACUGAGAACGCGCCCGGACGCGGCGCGGCGCUCCGGAGUCAAAGGAGAGGCGGCGGCAGGACCACCCCAGGGCGCUGCACCCCCGGACGCUCUCGGCCGUGCUGCGCUUCCGGGACAAGGCGUCUGUUCUCCCCUGGGGGCCAAACCUUGCCUCUGCCCACCUUCCUCAACCCCGCCAUUUCCAAGACUCACGCGCAGAGGCGACAGCACCAGGAUUUGCUCCAGCCUUUGGCACAGAGGAGCACGGGUCCCUCUGUCAGCCUGGCCAAUCAUUCCCAAGGCUUGAUGGGAAAAAGGACUUCCCUAGAAGUGAUUAUUGCGGAGUUGGGUGGAGAAAAAUGUCGGGGAGGGCGUCGGAGUUUCCCACCGCUGGCUGCUUCCCCACCCGCACACCCGGGAGGGUGGCGGUGGGCGCGCAGAGAUCUUUGCAAAACAACGUCCAGGGCGCAAAACAACUCACAGGCCUGCCGCGCCCCAAGGCGGGCAGCCGCGGAUGCGCUGGGCCCUGGCCCUGCCGGCCGCAAACGGCGCAAGUCACGCACGGCGUUCACCGCGCAACAGGUGCUGGAGCUGGAGCGGCGCUUCGUCUUCCAGAAGUACCUGGCUCCGUCCGAGCGAGACGGGCUAGCUACACGACUAGGCCUGGCCAACGCGCAAGUGGUCACUUGGUUCCAGAACCGACGAGCCAAGCUCAAGCGCGACGUGGAGGAGAUGCGCGCCGACGUCGCCUCGCUACGCGCGCUGUCCCCCGAGGUCCUGUGCAGCUUAGCACUGCCCGACGGCGCUCCACAUCCUAGCCUCUGCCUCGGAGCCGCCGGCCCUGACUCCCGGCCCCAACUGUCAGACGAAGAGAUACAGGUGGACGAUUGAAGACAAAGCUGCCGCCAACCCUGGGUUCUGGGGUCCGGGACUCUACACCUCAUGCUCUGCCUCCUGCCCGAGUUCCAGGGUGGAGGAAGAAGGUCCACUUGGGCCUCUUCCGGCCCACAGUCCAGACGCUCACCUUUUCCCGGGUUUUUUUUGUAAGUUUGUUUUGUUGUUUGAGACAGGGCCUCGCUCUGUCGCCCAGGCUGGAGUGCCGUGGAGCAAUCACCACUCACUGCAGCCUCGACCUCCUUGGCUCAAGCGAUCCUCCUGCUUCAACCUCCUGACUAGCUGGGAUUACAGGCGUGCAGCCCCACCUCAAGCUAAUUUUCAAAACUUUUUUUUAGAGAGUAGGUCCCGCUAUGUUGUCCAGGCUACCUUUCCCAAUAUUUUAGAAUAAAGUCGAGACUCUGCCGCA